AACCGCUCUAAUCAAUCUCCUGCCUUGUCCGAGAAGAUACAGCUUCUUCCGAGUCUUCUCCGUCGCUUCGCCAAGGUUUCUCAGAUACUUUCAUGGCGGGGGGCAAUUUCAUGCACAGAGUUAUGUCUUACCUCGUGAACGAGCUUGUCGUUAAUAGCCUUGCCAACAGUCCUGCAUUCCAGAGAUUUGCCGUGAGAACAUCCAAGAGGAUUGAGGAGGUUUCAAGUAAGGCUGCACAGAAGAAACAAGAACUUGCUGAGCGUGUUAAAGAUCUCUCUAAGGAUUUUGAGUCUUUCAAAAAUCAGUGAUCCGCAAUGGUGGACAUGGUAUUGCGAGUUUCCGACAACCAUAUGUAUAUGAUUUUUCCUAGAUUCUUCUUCCUCCUUUGUGAAUGACGAAAAUGAGUUUUGUAAUUUUAGAUUGCGGACGUGUAAUAUUAUCCUAAUGAAAACAAUGGGCUAAGAGCCUCCUAAAAUAAACUUCUGUUUCAAAUUGACUAUAUGUAGGGAGGUUUGGAUGGUGGGUUAAGAAAAAAGUUGAAAGUUUUUAAUGAGUA